AUGUCGUUCAAGGAAGGAUCCUUGUGGAGAAUGAGCCAAGAACUGGUGGACAAGGAGGAGCUGGCACGGAGGAUGGGAGUGGGCCUCAACUUUAAGGUGAGUACUGUAAUAACUGAUGGUUUUUUUGCAAUUUUACUGUUUUAAUUAAUAAUUAAGUAAAUCUUGUAUAACGAAUUCCUCUAUAACAAAACUCUCCUAUAACUAACUCCUGUAUAACAAAACUUCUUUAUAAUGAAACCCCUGUAAAACGAACCGCUCUAUGACAAUCUCCUAUAUAACAAACCAUGUUUAAAGAAACUUCUCUAUAACGAAACUCUUGUAUAACGAACAUAACAAUAUAAAUUUCCACUAUGACUCAUAAUUUUAAAUUAGUAAUGCAACGUAUUUCAGUUGACGCCAGAUGGAGACUUUAGACCAACAACGCCAGCCGAAAAGGCCGAAAUCCUGGCCAAUUUGGGCAAGGAAAAUAAAGAAGAAGGUAGGUCAACAUUCAUAAUGUUAGCUUGAAGAAAAGUCAGCUUGAGCUGAAACUCCAGUUCAGAUAAUUCUGAGCCCCUUCACCCCCAAAAUUUGCUUUGAGCAAAGGGGCACAAAAUUAUUUGAGGAAUCUAAUAAAACAAAGUAAUAAAUUUGAAGAGUUCUAGCUGUUCUCUUAUAUACAAUGACGUUGUACGUUACUGUAUAUGAUAGGUACUAUACAGUACAAACUUCUUAAAACAAUGUUAUGUAUAUAUUAGUUAAUAAUAUUGGAAUUCUGAAUUAAAGCAAAGGUCAAAAAACGAUAUUAUUUAAAUUUUCAGUAAAGCCGAAGCCAGAGCCGGCCCAUCAAAUCAAGACCGAGCCAUGGGUGAAGAAAGAGCAUGGUGGUGUAGACUACCGUGGCCACAACAACAUCAAGCGUGAGAUGAAAACCGAGUGCUUAAUAAAGCAAGAGCCCGGUUGCUCCAACUACCGUGGCGGCCAUCAUCACCGGUCGUCAUACCAGGCCGAAAAGAGUGGUCGAGCCGAGGCUCAUGACCGUAACCUUAACCGGAAGAGGCCGAUCAACUCCGUGGAGCCUGAAGUUCCACGGAAAGUAAUAAAAGUGGAGCCAGGCCUUGAAGAAGCCGGUCCUUCUUGUCGGCUGAAUAAUCAACCCGUCGACAAGCCGGGCAACUCAAGUCGACCAGCUAACACACGGCCGUCCAACAAUGAAAAGCGGGCCGCAAAAACAAGCCAGCCUACAAAGCCGAACCAUCCCACGAAGAAAAGCCAGCCCACGAAGCCAAACCGACCCACAAAGCCCAGCCAACCUACAAAGCAAAGACCACCAGCCAAGAUCGGCCCAACGUUCGAGGAGCUAAUGGCCAUCGCAGCCAAAAAACAGUCUGAGUCAUUUAAGCUCCCCACUCGAGCAGCACCAAAGACUGCACCAUUCACGGUGAAGCAAGAAAUCUUCAAUGAAGACGAAUGGCACCGUAUGAGAGAGGAAAAGAAGGAGAGGAAGCGAGCGAUGAUGAUAGUGAAGCAAGAGCUGGUGGAAGAGCCAGUUGCUGAACCGCCAAUGAUGAGGAGGAUCAAAGAAGAGCCCGUGGAAGAAGAAGUGCCAAGCCCGUUGAUGAUAAUGAGGAAGAUCAAAGAGGAGACGGUGGAUCCUUUCCUGGCGGAGAUGGAGCUCCAGAUUGGAGCGUAUGAGCAAAAUAGAGGGCUACUAUCAUAA